AUGGCCACUCCCCGCCUCGCCCGUCUUCCCCGGUGGAUCAGCCACUGGCUUGGCUAUCGUCCAGAAGCUGUGAAGCCACUCUCUAAAUACGAAGUCGCUCUAUGGUCCUUCAUAACCUCAUUCUGUGGUCUCUCGGUCGUACAAGCGAUUUUCAAUUACUCCGACUACUUCACCGAACGCAAUGUACCGGGUAUAAUUGCAUCCUACGGUGCAUCCGCCGUCCUCGUCUUCGGCGCAAUCGAAAGUCCCCUCGCGCAACCACGCGCUCUAGUCUUCGGUCACUUCUUCAGCGCCUUGAUCGGCGUCUGCGUUACCAAAUUAUUUAGUUUGAUGCCCGACCAGGCGCGCUUCGAGUCCCUACGCUGGCUGGCCGCUUCGCUUUCAACGGCUAUUGCUAUUGUCGUUAUGCAGUUGACGGGUACUACCCACCCGCCUGCUGGUGCGACUGCUUUGCUUCCGGCUACUAGCCAGGAGAUUUGGCGGCUCUCUUGGUACUACUUGCCUGUAGUUCUACUAUCUUCUGUUAUGCUUAUGUUGUGUGCGCUGCUGUUUAAUAAUUUGCAUCGUCGGUAUCCUGCAUUUUGGAUCGCGCCUGCUCCGCCGAAACCUGCUACGCCUCCUACUCCGGUACCGGCGCCUAUUGAUGUUUCCUUGGAAGAGGAGAAAGCAGCGAAGAGUCCUGUUUGA